GGGGAUACGUUCCAGAAAGGCACACAACGAGGGAGCAUGUUGGUGUCGACUCUACGCGCCUAAACGUCGAGCUCGCGCGCACGUUAGAUCUGACGUAGUUCCACAACCAGCACACCAGCGCUCUCCAAAAGAACAAAAAAAAAAAACACGAUCCAGAUUGUUCAAACACCCUCUUAUACCUGUGUGUAGGUCCCACUCGAAAACGCGGGCCGCUGUCACUGUCAAGUGUACUGCCGUGUGUGCGUGUGUGGCUAUUACAAUAUAAAACGCCUGUCUGCGCAACACGGUUCGCGCAAGUAGCUACGGGCCCGGGUACUAGUGACAAACCGGAAAUCACGCAUCGUUGCGCGUACCGUUCGGUGUACGCAGUGGCCGAACAGAACGGAAUCACUUGAUUGACGGCGACACCAGUGUCCAGAUUUAGGUGUUGAGCGCUAAUUGCCCAAAAACUGAACGAUGGCAGCCAAGCGUGUUUCUGUGCGUCAGACACUCUCGUGGGCUAUCGUUAGCCUGUGCCUUCUGGGCCUGCCGAGCCUGAUCGAUGCAAAGAUCUACACAAAGUGUGAGCUUGCCAAGCAGCUGACCGCGAACGGGAUUAGCCGGACGUAUCAGGGGCACUGGGUCUGUCUGGCGAUUGCCGUCAGCGGGCUGGAUACCACCAAAACCACCAUGCUGCCCAACCUGACCGCCAACUAUGGAAUCUUCCAGAUCAACAGCAAGGAAUGGUGCCGCGUAGGCUACAAGGGCGGCAAAUGUAACAUGAAGUGUGAAGAUCUUGUGACGGAUGACAUUACCAAUGCAAUUAAGUGUUCCAAAAUCAUUCAACAACAGAAAGGCUUCAACGAGUGGGUUAUGUGGCAGAAGAAGUGCAAGGGCAAAGAGCUGCCAGACAUCGCCAACUGUGCGGCAAUUGGUUAAGAUGGGGUAAAGGCAUCGAAUAAGCGAACAAACGGGAAUAUCCAGUAAACUAUUACAACACGCACCUUUACAACCGAACCAUCCAAGUGAAACUUAAACCACAAUUUGUAAACAAUAAAAUGAAGGUAGAUUCAGUGAA